AUGGUGCUCUCUCACGCCGCCUCGGAGUCUGACGUCUCCGUCCACUCCACGUUCGCAUCACGAUACGUCCGAACUUCACUUGCCAGGUUUAGGAUGCCGGAAAACUCGAUUCCGAAAGAAGCGGCGUAUCAGAUCAUCAACGACGAGUUGAUGCUUGACGGCAAUCCAAGGCUUAACUUGGCCUCCUUUGUGACGACUUGGAUGGAGCCUGAGUGCGAUAAACUCAUCAUGGCUUCUAUUAACAAGAACUAUGUCGACAUGGACGAGUACCCCGUCACCACCGAACUCCAGAACCGAUGUGUUAACAUGAUUGCACAUCUAUUCAAUGCACCGUUAGGAGAGACGGAGACAGCCGUCGGAGUAGGAACAGUUGGAUCAUCGGAGGCCAUAAUGUUGGCCGGUUUGGCCUUCAAGCGAAAAUGGCAGAACAAGCGUAAAGCCGAAGGCAAACCUUUCGAUAAACCCAACAUUGUCACCGGAGCCAAUGUUCAAGUGUGCUGGGAGAAAUUCGCUAGGUACUUUGAGGUUGAGCUUAAGGAAGUGAAACUACGUGAAGGAUACUAUGUGAUGGACCCGGAAAAGCUGUUGAGAUGGUCGAUGAGAACACUAUAUGUGUUGCGGCCAUUCUUGGUUCCACUCUUAAUGGAGAAUUCGAAGAUAUGGGAUACACCGAUCCAUGUGGAUGCAGCAAGCGGGGGAUUCAUUGCACCGUUUAUAUAUCCAGAAUUGGAAUGGGACUUUAGAUUGCCUUUGGUGAAGAGUAUCAAUGUGAGUGGUCACAAGUAUGGACUUGUGUACGCAGGUAUUGGUUGGGUGGUUUGGAGAAACAAAGAGGAUUUGCCUGAAGAACUCAUCUUCAACAUCAACUACCUUGGUGCUGACCAACCCACUUUCACUCUCAAUUUCUCCAAAGGUUCGAGUCAGGUCAUAGCUCAAUACUACCAACUUAUCCGAUUGGGACAUGAGGGUUAUAGAAAUGUGAUGGAGAACUGCAGAGAGAACAUGAUCGUCCUAAGGCAAGGACUUGAGAAGACAGGAAGGUUCAACAUCGUGUCAAAAGACGAGGGAGUGCCACUUGUUGCUUUCUCGUUGAAAGAUAACAGCUCUCACACUGAGUUCGAAAUCUCCGAAAUGCUUCGCAGGUAUGGAUGGAUUGUGCCGGCAUACACAAUGCCUCCAAACGCACAACACAUAACUGUUCUCCGAGUGGUCAUCAGAGAAGAUUUCUCAAGAACACUCGCGGAGAGACUUGUGAUCGAUAUUGAGAAUGUGAUGCGUGAGCUAGAUGAGCUUCCCGCGCGAGUGAUCAAGAAAAUUUCACUCGGAGAGGUCAAGAGUGAAGAUAACGAUGAUAACUUGAUGGUUAUGGUGAAGAAAAGCGAUUUGGAGAAGCUCAAAGAGAUCAGCAAUGGCUCGACCAAGCCUGUCUCAGACAAGCCCAUUUUUUGUUGA